UUUGUCAGCUCCAAGUAAAGAGCAUGACAAAGUAUUGACGGAGACCUACUUCGAAACCGAAAUAAAGUUGAUAAACGCCUACGUUAUCGGUUUUGAAAGGUAAGGGUCAGAGCUAAUACAUUCACAUACCCCUUUUUUGUACCAGAAACUGGAUUCCAACUGUAUGUUAAAUGUCUACUCCCAACACUUUUGCCAUGAAUUCCCAAAAGCCAACUCAUUUUACAGAUACAUUCUAUUCUGAGGCUUACGAAUAACCCUUUUCCCCAUGUACGUGUCUUAGUUUUCAUGAUGAUUUACACGCUCAUGUUUUCUCUGUAGAGUUUUUUAUGACAGAAGAGCAUCGUAACUGGAACCCAAAUGCUUAUCUCAUGCAGCUUGUACAGAAGAAUCCUACAAUUACCGCUCGGAACGGAAAUAAAGCUCCCGCAGAAGAUAUCGAAAUAACGCAAUCUUAUGUUAUUCUCGGUACAAUUGCAGAUACGAUGCUGCGUCAAAUGGAAGGUGCUUUGAAUUCUGUAAAAGGAGAAGCAGCUAUUAAUAGCUUCUGGAGAAACUCUGCUACUAUUGCUUCAACCUCUAUUAACUACGAAAAAUUGAAGGUAUGUUACAUUAUUCUAUUAAUGGCCGAAGAAACUGUCGAUGAAGGUCUAAGUGGAAGUAGGAAGAAGCCACGAGUACGGGGUACGCAAUUGUUUGAGACCAAUAGAGUAGAAAGGCAAGAAGAUGAAGGUGAAGCUCAGGACAUUCCCAACAAUAGUAGCGAAGAAGAUGACGAAAAUGAUGUUGGUGAUAUUUGGAAAUCA